GAUUUAGUUAAACAUGUGAUCACCAUUGUAUUUAUCAAGGGCAUCGUAGUUAUCAGUUAAUUAUCUCGUUAAUGAUAAAUAAUCAAUAAUUGGUAAAGGUGGUGUUACGAGACUGCCAAAACAAAUGAUUACGUUGACAUUAUAAUUGUUCGUAUUUUGGCCAGUUUUAGUGAAAAACAAUAACAUAAUGACCUGGGAAAGUUGCACUGUAAUGCUUAAUAGUGAUUCUACAGGCAGUGUCUACGCAGGGGAUAUUGUAACAGGAACCGUUACUAUGGAGUUUACGAAGAAAAAGUUCAUUGAAAAUAUCGAUUUCCAGAUAAUAGGUUUUGGUGAAGCACAAUGGACCAGAUCCAAGCCUACAAUGCCGUAUAUAAAGAUAUAUUCGGAGAAGAGAAAACUAUUACAUAUUGAAAUGGAUGUCUUCGGAAACACCUUUGAAGACAUUUGGAGCGUCAUAUCCGGGAGAGCGGUUGCGGUUGUCGUGCUGUUGACUAUUCUAUCUGAACACAAACUUUAUAUUCAUUUCACAAAAAUUACAGGAAGAAUUGUCAAUCCAGGAAUAUACCACUUUCCAUUUCAUUUCACAUUGCCUGAAGACCUGCUAUCUACGUUCGAGAGCUCCAUCGCAAAAGUUCGCUACUCCAUCAAAAUUAAGAUGAAAGGAAUGUGGAAACCCAAAAUGACGAUACCAUUUGUAGUAUUAGGAAAUGUUAAUCUCAACAGUAUCGAAGAAUUCGCGGUGCCUUCGACACACAUAUUCCAAAAAACAUUUUGGAAUUCAAAACAUAUUUCUGUUAGACUGAAAACAUAUGAAGGUUUUGCUUCUAAACAAAAAAUACCUAUGCAAUUGAAAAUUGAUAAUGAUAAGAAAGCUAGAAUUAAUAAAAUUAAAGUGCAAUUAAUUCAAAAGGUAAACUACAGCAUAUUUGACGGCCAUGCCGAAGAAGAAAGAACCGUAUACCAUAUAGAACAUAAUAAAUUAUCGAACUCGGUUACUGAAACUUGCAAUCUUACCUUGGACAUACCAAGUACUACGCCGUCUACAGUCUUCACUACGGAUGCGAUGAUUGUAAUCUCAUAUGUUUUGAGAGUGGAGAUCAUCUUCCUCUUUCAUGCUACUCUUUAUGAAAAUAUACCUGUAACAAUAGCUACAGUACCGGUUAUUCACAACGAAUUUGGAGAUCAAUAAAAUUUUAGUUCACA